AUGGGCACCUACAAGUGACCCUGGUGGGCGAGGAGGUGAUGGAGAACUGCACAGUGUGAAACCUGGAGCUCCGGCGUGUAAGCCCCCACCCCACCCCGUCAGCCCCACCUUGACCCUCAGUUCCUCCCCCACGAUAUCCCAGGCAGUCCCCUCCCCAGAGCUCCCCGUGAAGUCUAAGCUUCCGCCGCUCCCGCAAGGGCCCACAGUGUACCCCAGGGAUGUCCCCACCGGUCAGAAACCAGCCCCCGCGUCCUGAGCUCCCCCCAACUCCCCUCCCUCUAGAUGCAAGAGCAGAAGACUUUACCUGUGCGUCGGUUCCACUACGUGACCUGGCCAGACCACGGCGUCCCCCACUCCCCAGACCCCUUGCUGGCCUUCUGGAAGAUUCUCCGGCCGUGGCUGGACCGUGGGGGGAGGCCCCCCCAUUGUGCACUGCAGCGCUGGCGUGGGCAGCACGGGCGCCCUCAUUGCCCUGGAUGCCCUGCUGCGGCAGCUAAAGCGUGAGGGUCUCGUGGGGCCCUUCAGCUACGUGAUGGAGAGGCCCAGAAUGUGUUCCUGCACCAGUGCAUCCUUAGGUUUCUGCAACAGUCAUCCCCAGUGCCCGCUGAGAAGGGGCCCACCUAUGAGAACCUGCUUUUCGAGAAUGUAGCUCCUACAGGGGCCUAAGCUGUGGGAGGGCUGAGACGCCAGCCCAUCUAGACUCAAAUUCUGCAUCCCUACUUCAGCCCAGAUGCCUGGACCCCUGGGACAGCACAGGGCUGGGGUCCCACACCCCUGGACCCUGCAGGAAGAGGGGGCUGGCAGCCUAGAUUCCUGCUUUCCGGACGGGGAGAGAGAAAGAACAGUAAGACCCCGCCGCCAUGUUCCCGGAGCCCCCAACACCGGGGCCUCCAGCGACCAACACGCCUCCUGACUCGAGUCGCAUCAGCCACGGCCCUGUGCCCCCCUGGGCUCUGGCCACCAUCGUGCUGGUCUCAGGCCUCCUCGUCUUCAGCUGCUGUUUCUGUCUCUACCGGAAGCGUUGUCGGAGGCGGAUGGGCAAGAAGAGCCAGGCUCAAGCCCAGGUCCACCUUCAGGAAGUGAAGGAGCUGGGCCAGAGUUACAUAGACAAGGUGCAGCCAGAAGUGGAGGAGUUGGAGCCGACACCAUCUGGGCCAGGGCAGCAGGUGGCAGAGAAGCAUGAACUAGGACGACUACAGUACUCACUGGAUUAUGAUUUCCAGAGUGGCCAGCUGCUGGUGGGCAUCGUGCAAGCUGAGGGAUUGGCAGCCUUGGACCUAGGUGGCUCCUCUGACCCCUACGUGCGGGUUUACCUGCUGCCAGACAAACGGAGGCGGCACGAGACCAGGGUGCAUCGGCAGACGCUGAACCCACACUUUGGGGAGAACUUUGCCUUCAAGGUCCCCUACGUGGAGCUGGGGGGCAGGGUACUGGUCAUGGCGGUAUACGACUUCGACCGCUUCUCCCGCAACGACGCCAUUGGGGAGGUGCGGGUCCCCAUGAGCUCCGUGGACUUGGGGCGGCCAGUGCUAGCCUGGCGGGAGCUGCAGGCGGCUCCUCGGGAGGAGGAGAAACUAGGUGACAUCUGCUUCUCCCUCCGCUAUGUCCCCACGGCCGGGAAGCUCACCGUCAUCGUCCUGGAGGCUAAAAACCUGAAGAAGAUGGAUGUAGCAGGGCUGUCAGAUCCGUAUGUCAAGGUCCACCUGCUGCAGGGCGGCAAAAAGGUGAGGAAGAAGAAAACGACCAUCAAGAAGAAUACUCUGAACCCCUAUUACAACGAGGCCUUCAGCUUCGAGGUGCCCUGUGACCAGGUCCAGAAGGUUCAGGUGGAGCUGACUGUGCUGGACUAUGACAAGCUGGGCAAGAACGAGGCCAUCGGGAGGGUGGCCGUGGGGGCAGCGGCUGGGGGCGCUGGCCUGCGGCACUGGGCAGACAUGCUGGCCAACCCCCGGCGGCCCAUCGCCCAGUGGCACUCGCUGCGGCCCCCUGACCGAGUGAGGCCACCGCCAGCGCCCUGAUCCCCACCCUCAAACCCCUGACCCCAGACUCCUGGCCAAAGCCACGUCCAUGCCCACCUUUAAGCCUUCUCUGAAAGCAAACACCCCCCGCUCUACCCAUUCCUGCCUUCUCCCCACCCCCAUCACGCCAAUCAUGAUAACCUGCCGACUCCCCCGACAUGGCACAUGCCCCCAAGCCCCAGGGACCCUGGAGGAGGGAGCAGUCCGGGCUCCCGCCACCCCAGGGUCCCGCCACCUGCUCUGACAAUCAGUGAUCCCAGCCUCCUAUCCCCUUGGCUCCCAGCAUCCCUUUUCCUGCACAGUGUCACCCACUCCCGUCCCUGGUCCGAUUCCUGCACCGCUCCUGGGACCAAAUAAACACUCAGCAACUUUG